UGUUAUCCUUAUUUGUGCUUUCUGUUAAAUGGCACUCCAAGGAACUUCCCUUUUUGCCCGUCGCCUCAUCGGCAAAACUUUUUGUGGCUCUUUUGCUACAAAGGCUACUCCUCUUGCAACGGUUGAUUGGAAGCAUGCUACAGUGCCUAUAGCCACAUUGAAGGACAUUCCUGAGACAAUUGGCGGAAUCGUCCCGAAGGGUGAUUUGCGUGCGACGAGUGGCUUGGGACUCGGAGACGGCAUCAAAAACCACACGGACAAGUGGCUCCAGGGAGGGAAGUCACCGAUGGAGUAUAUCAACGAAGUAGAGCCUAUCAAGGUCAAGGGUUUGGUCGUGGCCUCGUACGGCAGUGACGAUCCGGCUCUGGGAUGUCCGGUCGAAUACAUCACGCUUAAGGGCACCAGCUACGAGAACCCCGCUGUUUGCAAGUACACUGGGAACCGGUACUACAGCGAUGACUGGAAGCAUGGCGCGCACCACCACUAAGCGUUGUCAUGCUCUUGGCUUAUGACAGGUUGGGGUGGCUGCAGAUAGUGGAUGCAGACGAGUAGGUCAUUGUCCUGUGUGGCUGCCUGCAGUAAUACCUUAGUAUGGACGGUGCGUGUUAUUGGCAAUAUAUGAAAAAGAGCCGACUGGCUAGGCAUUCUCGAGUUACAGGAGGAUGUGUAUUUUUCAUACGUUGUUAAAGGCUUCUGGUCUGUGCUUCAUUCCUUCAUUGGAGGCAAUCCGAUUCGUUGUUGGAGCUACCGUAACGAGCUUGUAAUUCCAUUGGUAUGGAAGCAAGCCAUCAGAAUGACUGCUUGUGAGGUGCUUGCGUGCUACUUAAAUUGUACUUGCUCUUUGUUGGUCUUCUAGACCCCGCGUGGCCGUUUCGUCCGAAUUGCUGGCUCGACUCUGUCCUUGUCCCCCUUCCGUUACCAAAUCCAGCUCGG